AGAAUGCGUCCUGUGUCGCUUCCUCUUGUUUCUUUCUGUCUCGUUGUACAUCAUUUCUCUCCCUGUAUCUUUCUUACCCCACACUCUCCCCUUAUACCUCCAUCUUCCUAAUCAUCAUGCCCCCCGCACCAAAGUCUCCUACCCAGGCCAGACGGACCGGAGCGCCCAAGGCUAAAGGCGCUGUGCGCGCCAAGUCGGGUUGUUACACGUGCAGAAUCCGUCGGAAGAAAUGCGACGAGCAGCCCAACCCAGAGGGCAGCUGCCAGACCUGCGUCCGUCUUCGUCUACAAUGCCUCGGUUUUGGCGCAAAGCGUCCAGAAUGGUUGCGUGCAAGCGACAAGGUCGUCGACCUACGAGAAAAAAUUAAAAACUUUCUUGCUGCACAAGGAAUGAUUAAGGGGCAUUCUGGUGCUGGGCCUCGUCCCAACGACCAGGAACCUUCUAUACUAUCACUUUCGGCGGACUAUGCUUCCCCAAGCACGAGUCCGCAAACCCCGACCCUGUCGAUCUCCAGCGAUGAGCGACACCCGGGUAUAGCCCGUAAUGAUUAUCUUCGGGGGGAUACUGAUGCUCGACUUCCGGUGAUGCAGGACAUUGAUUCACCAUUGGACACUCGAGAAAAUUAUCCUGGGGUUAUGCUGCCUGCGUAUCCUUCCACUACUUAUAGCUUAGAACAAUCAUGGACGCAAUCAAACCUGCCUCGACCACACACCAGUGACUUCUCUCCAACGUACCAUGCAUGCUUCCCGGACGAAGACGAGAAUAACGUUACCAUACCCUCUGGAUUACUCUUGCCCCAACACAUCAACAACAUCCAAUACAACUGGUUUAACCUGAACAUGCAACAAAACGCAUCAUUGCAGCACUAUAUGCAGCAUGUUCUCCGUAUCCAAUAUUUGCAUGUCGACGGGUCGAUUGAUAAACUCAUAUGGAAUCUCAUACAUUCCAGUGAUUCAGCCAGAGAGGCUGCAUGUUUGCUUGCGGAUUUGCACCGCAAGAGCACCCAAGGUGCGAUCGGCGCUACUGCACCAGCAGAUCAUGAUGUGUACACGCGCAUCCAAAGCGCACCAGUGACGGAAGGAGACGCUCUUGCAAGCCUUUGCAUGGUCUCAUAUUUUCUCUUCUCUGGGGGACAAGGGCAAUGGCAAGCGUUCCUCGACAGCGCUUGCGAAUUUUCGAUCAAAGUUCUCCAGCGGAAACAUCAUGCGCCAGACUGGGCGCUGAGCUUUUGCAGCGAUAGCAUGCGAUUUAUCAUCAAGACGUCCAUGUGGUUCGAUGUCCUCGCCUCCGCGACGCUGAUCCGGCGCCCCAAAUUCCUUGAUGUGCUCCGUUCUCUUUAUGAUCCCAACACGGCCGUUAAUGAUGGCAAGCCGGAGCUUUCCAUGAUGGGUGUCAUGGGGUGCGAAAACCGGAUCGUGCUCGCCCUCGCUGAAAUUGCUGAUCUCGCAUGCUGGAAGGAUGAAUGCCGGCGUGCUGGUAGACUCAGCGUUCCUGAACUCGUCAGACGCGGACAAGCUAUCGAAGCCAUCCUGAAGCCUACCAGCGACCCUGAUCACCUCUCUGAAAGCGAAAAGUCACGCCGACGGCGGCUCACAUCUGAUAUCUUCCGCGCGUCUGCCCUUGUUUAUCUCCAUUCCGUCAUCUCUGGUGAUCACCCGCAAUGCCCGGAGAUCAUGACGAACAUCAAGGAGACGGUCAAUUGUCUCAAGCGUGCUGAAGAUGUGAGCACGCGGCAGGUUGUGCGCAGCGUGGUGUUCAGCAUCUGCAUAUGUGGCUGCCUGACGGAUAACGUUCAAUAUCGCCAAUACUUUUUGCAUCGCCUGCUGGAGCAGCAGACGGAGACGGUGGGGAAUUGUACUGUGGUCGCUCAACUUAUGAGAGAAGUUUGGAGCAGCCGAGAACGAGGAGAGCCCGUGGACUGGCGUGUCGUCAUGCAACAAUCCCAAAUGCUUCUUGUCUAAAGGCUAUAUCCCUACGACACAUGAAUUUUUUUUUUUCCAUUCAUUGCUAUCCCUCCAUGAUCUAUUAAAAGUAUUCGGCGCUCCCCUGGUGUGCAGCAGGACCGAUUAUUUCCUCAAGAUCUUACAUUUUCAUACCACACAAGCUGUAUAUCACACUACAAGGAACAUGCAUCUGUGCCAUACUACACACGACCAUACAAAUGCUAUGUAUUGUUUUUCUAGACAUAGCCUCCUGGGGCCACCGCACGGCGCCGUUGGUCCCGGUGAGCCGAAUUUAAUUUGCUUAUCAUUUAUUGUAAUAGAUUCCUCAUUUGGCCUAUAUGCGCAUGUAGUUUCAAUUUUCAAAUUGGAGGCCCUCUCUGAAAUUCGGUCAUCCGGUCAUAACGUUCUCGA